AGCCGCGGCGCUGCAGAGCGGCUGGGGCGGCGGCGCGGCUCCCGGUGCUCCCCCCGGCGCCCGCCCCGCGUCGGUGAGGGCCCGGCCUGGAGGCCCGGAGCCAUGGGCUGCAUCGGCUCCCGGACCGUGGGAAACGAAGUGAUUGCCGUGGACUGGAAGGGCUUGAAGGAUGUGGACCAAAUCCACAUGGACAGCACCAGCUCGCUGCACGGGAGCAGCCUCCACCGGCCAUCCACUGAGCAAACCCGGACUGACUUCUCCUGGGAUGGCAUCAAUCUCUCCAUGGAGGACACCACUUCCAUUCUUCCGAAGCUGAAGCGAAACUCUAACGCCUAUGGCAUUGGGGCCCUGGCCAAGUCAUCGUUGUCAGGGAUUUCACGAAGCAUGAAGGACCAUGUGACAAAGCCCACAGCCAUGGGGCAGGGCCGGGUGGCUCACAUGAUUGAGUGGCAGGGCUGGGGGAAGGCACCAGCCAUUCAGCCGCAACACAGCCACGAGGCCGUGCGCAGGGAUACAGACGCCUACUCCGACCUCAGCGAUGGCGAGAAGGAGGCACGUUUCCUAGCAGGCGUCAUGGAACAGUUUGCUAUCUCCGAGGCCACUCUCAUGGCCUGGUCCUCCAUGGAUGGUGAGGACAUGAGUGUCAACUCCGCCCAGGAGCCAUUGGGCUGCAAUUACAGUGACAACUACCAGGAAUUGAUGGAGAGUCAGGAUGCCCUUGCUCAAGCCCCAAUGGAUGGAUGGCCUCACUCCUAUGUGUCCCAGGGCAUGUACUGUCUGGGGUCGUCGGAUGCCUGGGAAGCAAGCGACCAGUCCCUCAUUGCUUCUCCGGCCACAGGAUCCUAUCUCGGCCCUGCAUUUGAUGACUCACAGCCUAGCUUGCACGAAAUGGGACCUUCCCAACCUGCUUCGGGAUACUCUGCUCAGGAGCCUCCAGCUUUGCUGGGGGGAGACACUGACUGGGCUCCAGGGGUGGGCGGGGUGGACCUGGCAAGGGGCCCUGCCGAGGAGAAGAGGCCAUUGGCGCCCGAGGAGGAAGAGGAUGCGGGAUGCCGGGACCUGGAGUCGCUUUCCCCACGAGAAGACCCCGAGAUGCCCACCGCUCUCAGCCGGAAGGUGUCUGACGUCACAUCCUCAGGCGUGCAAUCCUUUGAUGAGGAGGAGGGAGAGGCCAACAACUAGCUUCCUCCCACUGAAUGCCCCACCUUCCACUCCCACCUGAGGGGCAUGGCUGCAACCACACCCUCCCUUCCCCCAGCAGUACGGCCGAAACCUGGGCAGAAGACUCUCACGAGCCCAGGAGUCCUUGCCAGCAAAACGGAGGGCCGGGGUGGGAUUUUAUCCAGGCUUACACUGUAGAGACCACAGGUCCAGGAACUGAGGCCCAGGCAAGCAGAUGCCCAUGAACUUCGCUUGGCUGCGGGCUUCAGGGUCUGUGGUGGUGGAGCUCCAGUGUGUAUCCUGAGCACAGGAGCUCAGAGCGGCCCGUGGCCGGCCCCUGGAUCUCAGUUCUUUGCUCCCUGAUCUCGUCUUCCAAGAGCCUUGACUGCAGCUACCUGAAGGCCUCCUUUCUUCACGUCACUCUUGCUUUUCCCAACUCUGUUUUCUCUGGCUGUGGCCCAAGCUCAUCCCUCCUAUGAGGAACAGACCUCAGGGGCUGUGGGACAUGGUUCGAUGGGCACAGGGGAAGCAACGUACAGACCCCGUCUCCUCAGAGUGAGGGGCCUCUGCCCUCAGAGGUAACUUGGCUUCUGAGAUCAGGAGUCACGGAGGAGGUGGACGUGGCCGCCGGGAUGCACAGGGGCACAAGGCCUGUCCAGAGACCAGGCGGUCACUGGUGAGACCGAGGGCAAACAUGGCCACUUGUUCUGGGAUCUUGACUAUCCUGUGGCUGGAAGGAGGACCCUAAGGAUAUGGGAAAGGACCCCGCCAGGGCUGGCAACUCCAGCUCUUGCUUCCCUUUUCUGCUAUCUUCCGUCUCCUGCUCUGGGAGCCCCGGGGCCCCGAGGCGGUGGGUGGGGAGGGGGGGUGACACAGGAUGCAGGUGUCUUGGCUAGACGGGGAAGCAUGAGGCUGUGUCUCCCUCCAUC